AUGUUUGAAGGCCGUCACGCCGCAGACCGAUACCGUCUGCAUCUGCACCGCGCCCGCUCCGUCGUCCUCACCAGCGAUGAGCUGGUCGAGAUUCGCGCAGCACAGCGAACUUUCGAGGGCGCCUAUGUCCGCACCGCAAUCGGCCAGUUCUCCUUUGCCCUCGUCGUGCUCAAGAUCUUCACCGCCGAAUUCUACUCCAUUGGUGCUUUGUUCGCAGUCUACGGCGCCGGCAUCCUCUUCACUAGUCUGUUCCGCCGCCAGCAAGGCAACAAACAGUUCUUUUCCGAGGUUGGCUCGGAUGGCCUGCACCGCAAAAAGUUUCGUACCAGUGGAAACGUCGUCUUUGUCUUGACCGCCCUGAGCGUGUCGGCAUACAUCUGUCUGCUGGUCCUUACCCUGAAGCUUGCAAGGUAA